GCCAGACCUCAUGUUUCUUUGAUUACCCGACAAAAAUUGUUGGAGUUUGGCUGGAAUGUGCCACCUCACCCACCGUAUUCACCAGACAUUGCACCUUCAGACUUUCACUUAUUUAGAUCUUUGCAAAAUUCUCUUAGCGGCAAGAACUUCAACUCUUUGAUCGACAUAAAAAACCACCUUGAGGAGUUUUUCGCCGAGAAACCUAAGAAGUUCUGGGAGAAUGGAAUCUUCCAGUUGCGUGAAAGAUGGACAAAGGUUGUGAAACAAAACGGUGCA